AUGGUUCGUGCUAUCAAUAAUGCACCAGCAGGCUAUAAACCACCUGGGUAUGAGAAGCUUCGCACUACUCUUGUUGAUAAAGAAAAAAGUCGAUUAGAGGAACAAACUGCACCAUUGAAAAGAGUGUGGGCUCAAGAAGGAUGUAGUAUUGUGAUGGAUGGGUGGACAGAUGCUAGGAAUUGUCCACUACUUAAUAUCAUGGUAACAUGUAGCAAAGGGCCUUAUUUUUUGAAGGCAAUAGAUUGUUCAGGGCAAGAAAAAAAUGCAGAAUUUCUUCAUAGCCAGCUAUGUGAUAGCAUUGAGGAGGUGGGGGCAUCACAUGUAGUCCAAGUUGUUACUGAUGCUGCCCCUGUUUGUAAAGCAGCAGAUCUCAUAGAGAAGGGCAGAAAGAUACAAAUGUUCAUAUGUAACCAUCACCACACACAAGCCAUUUAUCGUAAAUUUGCCAAGGUGGAACUUCUCAAACCUGCUGACACACGUUUUGCUUCUUACUUCAUUCUUCUUGACUGCCUUUGUGAAGUCAAAGGAGCUUUGUGUUCCAUGGUUGUUAGUGAUGCAUGGGUAGCUUGGAAACAAUCUACAUCAGAUAUUGCAGUUGAGGUGAGAGCUAUGGUCCUUGAUGAGCAUUUUUGGGCUGAUGUUAAGUUUGUUGUGGACUUUAUUAAGCCCAUAUGUGAGGUGAUCAAAUUUGCAGAUUCAGAUAAGGCAUGUUUGGGAGAGGUUUAUGAAGCAAUAGAUUCCAUGUGUGAAAGAGUAAAGAAGAUAACUGAUGCAAAAGAUAUUUCUCUAUAUCCUUUGAUAGAAGCAAAGUUACAUGGAAGGUGGAACAAACUUAACACACCUCUUCAUUGUGCUGCCUAUGCCCUUAAUCCUAAAUGGUAUGAUAUAGAAGUGACCAAAAAGAGAGCUCCACAUCAGGAUAGAGAGGUAAUGAAGGGCUUUUGGGCUGCGGUUAAAAAGAUUUAUGGCCGAGGUGAGGAAGCUUCAGUUAUGAGGACUCAAUGGAAUAAGUUUUCACGUGGGCAAGGUGAUUUUGCUUCUGUGGAAGCUAUAUAUGAUAUGAAAGUAAAGAAAGACCCUAUAGAGUGGUGGUGGAAUCAUGGAAGUGAAGCCCCUGAAUUGCAAUCAUUUGCAAUACGAUUACUCUCACAAGUGGCUAGCUCUUCAUCUUGUGAGAGAAAUUGGAGCACUUAUGGGUUCAUUCAUUCACUGAAGAGGAACCGAUUAGGAUCAAAGAAAGCAGAGAACCUGGUGUACAUUCAUAGCUCACUUCGUCUUCUCUCUCGUGUAGAUCCUGGAUACAAUGAGGGUCCUUCGGCAAAAUGGGAUCAAAUUUCACCUGAUGGAGAUGUUGCAGCCAUUGUAGAUGAAGUGGCUAAAGUAGAUGGACUAGCUGAUUUACCCCCUGUUAUUCUACCAUCAGAAGAACCUGAAUUCGAGAGUGAUGACUAUUUGGAGAGCCUCAUAGCUGAUGACCUUGAUAUGGAUGAUCAUGGCGAAGAAGAGUAG